AUGAUUCUCUUUCGACUCGGCCUCUUUGCUCUAUGGCUUCUCUUAGUCCGUAUCGCGAUAGCCGUCGCCCCAGUGCCAACCAAGGACGGAUAUUGUUUCAAAUAUAUCAUCCAGGGUUAUGAUACGUGUGCACUGAUUGCCAAAGCACACGAUAUCACCGAAGCCGACAUCGAAAGCUUCAAUAAAGACACCUGGGCAUGGCUCGGAUGCAGAGAGCUAUAUCAGGGCGACUUUAUCUGUCUCAGCGCCGGCAAACCUCCAAUGCCAAUGGCCCUUCCUCAAGCCACCUGCGGUCCACAAGUACCCGGUACAACACGUCCGGCCAACUGGGCCGACCUCGCCGGCAUGAACCCAUGUCCUUCGUCUAAAUGUUGUGCUUUCUGGGGCCAAUGUGGUGUCUCCGAUCUAUAUUGCCAAAGUUACCGUGCGCCUCCUGCCGGUCCUACAGCCACCGUGAAAGGGGCGACAGAGGCUCCGAAAUCAAAACCUACUGGCAAUACAAAGACAACGGGGGGAAAGCAAUCUCCCAACACCGGUACCGGCUCAAAACCUACCUCCAAUCCCAACUCCAAGUCCAGUACUACCGAAGCCGACACUAUCAAGGCCACGAAAAUCACAACCACCACCAAAAAACCUACUACUACCAAAGCAAAAGCAGCGCCGGAGCCAAGCGUGUCUCAAUACAGUUGGGAUGCACCGUGGGAGAUCACGAUGUACAGCAAAGCCGGCUGUGAGGGCGACUACUAUCACCUCGAGGGCUAUAACAAAGAAUUCCUCGAUAACUUCGGCUGUUUGGCGCUCCAUGGUGGCAUCAAUAGCAAGUUCGCCGAGAAACACGUUACCUGUAAAUGGUGGACGGACGAUGGCUUCACGUGGAGUAGUUGUGAUAACAGCAAACUCGACAAACCUCAGUCGUGGGUCCUCAAGAAUGGGUAUUGCUCCGUCUUCAGUAAGGCUGAUUGUGAUUGCUUUGAUGGAGUGGCGCAGUAUUAUCAACCGAAAGGAUGUCAUAAUAGGACUGGGAUUGAUACGCCUAAUUUUGCUGCUCUGCAGUGUUCGAUUAAUGGACACUAA